UAAUGUAGUGAUAAUCCAAGUGACGACAUUGCGGUUCAGUGCUUAAUACGAUUGUUCAAUACGUCGAUUAUACGCGUCCAUCGAGCUAUAAAGUUUGUACUCCGGUGCAAUAAACUAUAAAUACGAGUAAAACGCGUACGAGUGGAAGGACAAUAAUGGGUCUGGAUCACUGAUCACGAAUGCCUAGAGCAGGUGCACCGGAAGCCUGUGGCAUAUAUCCGAUAUUUGAAUCUCAAGUAUUUAUUCGCGAAGCAGGGUGAUCGAACGUUCGACUUUCAUGAAUUCGCCAACUAGUAUCGUACGAUGGACGUAUUCAAAAUCGACCAAUCGCUGAGCGCGGGACUGGGUAGCGCACCAGCGCCGGACACCCUCACGCCGGAAGUGUCCUUUGACGCCAGAAGCGAUUUCAGUCUUAGCUUCUUCGACGGCCCCGAGGAUAACAGUACCCAUGGCUUCAGCGAUCACGGGUCCGUCGGUAGCGCCAGCGCCUCGCCGCCCCCAGGAACGCCGGGGAACUUGGCCGUAAAUCCGACGAGUACGUCCCUCCCCAUCGUCCAGGCCCCGCCGGGGGUCGUGGUUAAGAAAGAACAACUUUACGCCGCGGCGGACUCCAACAGCUCGACUCCAGCGAAAAGUUUUGUACCCUGUAAAGUUUGCGGUGACAAGGCCAGCGGUUACCACUACGGAGUUACCAGCUGCGAAGGUUGCAAGGGCUUCUUCAGACGAAGUAUACAGAAGCAGAUCGAAUACAGGUGUCUUCGGGACGGCAAAUGUCUAGUGAUAAGACUGAAUCGUAAUCGCUGCCAGUACUGCAGGUUCAAGAAGUGUCUCGCCGUAGGGAUGUCCAGGGAUUCGGUGAGAUACGGACGCGUGCCGAAACGUUCGCGCGACAGAGGCCAGGACGACGCUGUCCUGACUACGACGGGGGUCCAGCCGAUAACGGGUACCGGAAAUUCGCAGCCACCGCCGUCGACGACCGACAGGGUGCCGCCGGCCGCCGUGGAACCGGAUCAGUCCGACGCCGAUACGAAACAGCUGGCAGUUUACGACGUGAUCCUGACAGUUUCUCAGGCCCAUCACGCCCAUUGCGGGUUCACGGAGGAACUGACCAGAGGACUCGUUCGGAAGCCGAUGGUCAUGCCGCCGGCGAGUCCGGAAGAUCCGGAGGCAGCUUCGUCGACAGCGGAAACGGUCGAGUCGCAGAGAAUUUGGCUGUGGCAACAGUUCGCUGCCCGAGUAACGCCGUCAGUUCAGAGGGUCGUGGAGUUCGCCAAGAGGGUACCCGGCUUCUGCGAUCUCACCCAGGACGACCAGCUGAUAUUGAUCAAGGUCGGGUUCUUCGAAAUCUGGCUCACCCACGUCGCUAAAAUGGUAUCCGACACGACGAUGACCUUCGACGACGGCACCUACAUCACGAGACACCAAAUGGAACUCAUGUACGAGCCGGAUUUCGUCUCGGCGGUUCUGCAGUUCGCCGCCGCCCUAAACGCGCAUCAAUUAACCGACACGGAGCUGGGCCUGUUUUCGGGUGCUGUCCUCCUUGGGGAGAGGCCCGGGCUUAACGACGUUAAGGCCGUGCAGAGACUGCAGGACAAACUCCUCGAGGCCCUCCGCGUCCAGGCCGCGAGAAGUCACGCCACCAGCGAGGCUAGCGUAGCCACUAGCGUUGCCCAACGUUUGCCCGAGCUAAGAACCCUGGGGAGCCGCCACGCCAACCUGUUGGACUGGUUCCGAAGGAACUGGCCGAAGCUGAGGCUACCGCCGCUCUUUGCCGAAAUAUUCGACAUUCCGAAAUGCGAGGAAGACCUCCAGUGAAUUUUUCAUCGUUUCAUCCGUUUGCUCUGCGGCUGUGCGGAAAGUAUCGUCUACGUAUCUCUUUAUCUUUCUCUUACUACGGGGGUGGUUAAUCAAUCCUCCGAUCGCAAAGCCGGUCUUGUGACACAACUGCCCGGAAGGAGAACUUUCGGCGCCACGCCUUUUCCGGGGUAUUUCGAUAAUUCCGAUAACUCAUGCUCGGAUAUCUUGCUUCUCUGUGUCACAACGACUGGUCGUAGAAAUGUCGGUGAGAAGCGUUCUAGCUCGGACAGCAUAAAUAAGGCAGAGAAACGGUUACGUGAGAUGAAGCAAUAGGUAUAGGUGCCCCGUUGCUAAACGUUGCCGGGGCGUGGUCCUCUUGUUCUUUUUCUUCCACGUUAUUCUUUUCCUCAAUUAUUUCUCCAAAAUAUUGAUAUACCGCUACACGUUUUGACGUUACUUUGAACUGAGAUUAACUUUCUUUCGAGGAGAAAAGUUUUUUUUUUUUUUCUCAACGCCUUUUUGCUCAAUAGAUGUUCCGGUACGAGCUGAUACCGGGGUCUGCCGUCUAUAGCGCAUUGUAUAGUAUAAUUUCAAACUUCGUCUAUGGAAUUACCCUUUCAUUUUCGGUAUCGUCCGAUCAAAUUGUGCUAAUAUUAUGUAUACCAUGCAGAGGGUCGGUGACUCGUGUGACGUCCUCAUUCUAUUUGAUUUUAUAAUGAAGAAGAACGACGCGUCAAUAGUCUCUUUCUCGUUCUUUCUUCAACUAAACAUGUUACAUGAUAAAUCACAAGGAAUUCGUAAUUUAGUUUCCUCUGAGAUAAACUGACGAUGAUGAGGUGAUCGAAAAACAAAUAUACCUAAUAUGUUUUUGCUGUCAGAGCGAUAAAAUUACAAAUCUGAAAGAACAAGCCAGAAUUUUAAAGUGAAAUUUAUCACAAUUCAUCUCGUACUUAAACAUCAAUUCAAAUACUCAAUGCGGCAGUUAUAAUUAGACGAUUUGUUAGCGGGUCAACAGAGUCGAAUAUACCUUAUGCGGUGUAUAGUUUUCAUCGGUAUAGCAAAAAUAAGUGGACAAAGCUCAAUUUCAGUGUAACUACUUGUUAAACGAUGAAUAUACAUAUAUCAUUAUUAUACAACACUUAGGAUAUAUUAUUAUUGAAACAUGCAAUUAAAAUGCACUGAUUGUUGAAUAUUGUAUAUUCUUGUAUUAUAUCUUUGUUCCGACACAUGCCACAUACUGUGCGUAUGGUUCAUCAAUCGAGACAAAUGUUAUCAUAUCACGCGUUAUAUUAUCAAGUCGACAGAUCGUAUACCCUCAUACAAACGUACACAGGUAAUAUUGAUUCGUACGAAUUCGUUGAAGAUUCAUUCGCAGCCCAGUAAUUAAUUGAGUAACGUAUGUGAAACGUCUGCGAGCUUUAUCCGACCCAUCGACCCGAUUGCUAGCCGCUUUAUUUUCAUCGCGAAAAAAUACCAACCGCCUUUCCCUGCGAAUAUUACAUUGAUCAAUCAUACAGGCUUGACAACAAAUAAGUACAGUUAUACAUCUGUACCUUUUAGUACGUACGUAUACAAUAUAUACAUACACACAGAGGCAGGCAGACACACGCGCGCGCACACACACACACACACACGUUACGAUUAUGCUACAAAUUAAUACUCAUCCGUCACAAAGUUUCGUUGUUCCCAUCUUGGGCUGCAUUUAAGCGUAUGAUCGGGCUCCGACAGACAGAAAUGCAAUUUGAUGAAAAUUGCCGACCGAUUGGAGAUUCGGUUGACAAAUUGGAAGGCGGGGUUGGCGUCGGAAGCUCACUCGACACAUCAACCUGAACUUUAUUAUAAACUCUACAGUCCAACUGUCCUACUCAAAGUUCUAAUAAUACAUAUAAUAUAAGCUUAAGGAGAUAUUAUAGGUUGGAAAGAGAAAUUAAUCCAUCAAUUAACUAUUUAAAUAUAUCACGUAACAUGAACUAUAUAAUAUAGUGAAAUAUAUAAAUAUCGGAAAUUAAAGUACUAGGAAAUCCCCGAAGACUUAAGGAAUUCCUCUAGGGCGUAUGAAUACAUACGUACAUACGAGUACAUACAUACAUAUAUAUAUCUAUUAGGCGCAUGCGCUACGAAUCUUGAUCUAUGCAAUCUAUUUUUAUUACUCGAUGUAGAAUAGAAAAUUACACUUUAGGAUAUACCUACUGCGCUCUGUACUGAAACAGAAAUGCAAUCGAGCUGAGCCAGCAUUGAUCUAGUUGUAAUGUGCUAAUUGAUAAUUAAUGAAGUUUCGCGAUAUAAAUAUUAAAAUGAAAAUUACUAGUUUAAAUACUUGCAAACCUUGUUGGCGAACUUGCAACGAAAUUUGAAUUUGGUGUGUGGAGAAUUCGGGCCUUGGUUAAUUCGAUUGGAUUUAUGUUUCGGCUCAAACGGCGGUCUCUCUUUCAUGCUCUGAACACUAAUAACUCUCUGACAAUGACUAGAAUAACGCAUAAUAAUAAUAUUACGUACUAUGGAAUUAUUGUUGUUAUUAUUAUUAUUAUCAUCAUUAUUAUUAUUAUUAGUUAUAUUAUUACUUUUUUAAAAAAAUAAUAAUAUCAUUGCUGUUCUUGAUAGAGAAAUUAACGUUACAUAGAGAUUGUACUUAAUCAACAAUUAUAUAUUAUAUAUAUAUAUAUAUAUAUAUAUAUAUACACACACACACACACAUACAUUAUAUAUAUAUAAAUAUAUAUCAUUAUUAUCUUCACGAUAUAAAAUCUCAAUUUUAAGCGCUCACAUCAAGUUGUGAAUAAACAUAUCAUACCUAUCUAAUAUAUUAUGAAAGGAUAUUACAGUUUAAUAUAAUAUAUUUGUUAUUAAUAAGUGUAGAUUUAAUGCAACACGUUCUCAGUGCCGUGGCUAAAGAAAUUCCUGUUCAUUGAGUCUCUUCGCAUUCGCCUGUUUUUCCAAAUUGUUCGUCUUGUUUUUCAACGUAUCUUUCCUCCGUCUUGAUCUUCUACUUUACGACCGUAAAUUAUCCUUAAAAAAAAAAAGUCAACGAAUCACUUAAACUUUUCGUGGAAUUAAAAUACCCUCGGCUGCAGGCACUGCGUGGUGCGGUAAAUCUACACGAUAAGGUAUAUUUGAAAAUUCUUCAUUAGAAUAUUAUGUUGUUUCAGAAUAUAUAGAAAGUAAUUGUAUAUGCGAUAAGUGUAAAUUCUUUCAAAAUUUCUAGUCCUGAUUUUUGUUGUGCUAUCGGGAGUUCUGGAAUUGGUAAUAUAUUACGUUAUUGUCAAAUUGAAACGGCCAAAUAUAUCAUUAGCAUAAUGUCUAGCUUUAGUAGGUACGCCUAAAGUAAGUUAAUUUUUUCCGAAUAUAUAUUCGUGAACGUUUCUUGACUCCAAUCAUUUCGGCUGAUUUCACACGUUUGAUACGUUUCGUUGAUUAUUAUUAUUGUUUGAAUUCGGUGCUAUACUUACUCGUAUAUCUAAUAUUAUGACGAAUACGCUGAGAAUUGUAUUCAAUACCUAAACUUUAAGAUCGUGUGUCAAGUUAAAUCUGAAUUCGGCAAAAGUUCGUAUUUUUUGCAUUCCGAAAUAUCGUUUUAUUUUCUACAAUAAUUUGACGCAACCAGGGCGUAAUAUACCUUUCGACGAUCUGUCGAAAUUCUGUUGCGAACGUUCUUUUUAAUUUGACACACGCACAGGAUACAGAGUGAUAACCGGUAAAGGGAGGGAAAUUCGCGCAAGGAAUUGCUUGUUUUUUUUUUCUUUUGUCUAUUGAAUAAAUAUUCAUAUAUAUUAUAUUACAAACGACUGCUCUAUACUGCUAAAGUACAAAUGUUUCAUUUAAUUAUUUUAUAAAUCGUUAGCUUGGUAGAAGUUAGUUAUAAAUCUUACGCUAUCCCAUGGAUAAUAUUUAUUUAGUGCGUCGAAAAGUAAAAAAAAGUUCACAUUAAAUAAUACUAUACGUACGCGUGCGCACUCAUUUACUACAAUAUGAUUUAUGAUUUUUAUAUUAUUCUCCUAUAGUUCAGUAAGAAACCGAAUACAUACUUGUAAAAACACCCGGCGUAUGAUUCUCUCUUACACACACUUGCAAGGCUUAUCCGUUAUUCAUAUGCCGAAAUUAUGCUUCGUGGCAUAUGUUUUGUUACUCGUACAGAAAUCGGUAAUUUAUAUUUACUCGGGUUUUUCAUGGCUACGCGUUUCGCAAAUACGGUAUAGGUUUGCUUAAAAAGCUCUUGGCAAAGCGGUGGAAAUUUUAACCGAUCGCCAAAUAGUAGAUAUAUCACACCACGCCUUGGUAUUUCCAAUUAGACACGAUCAAUUACACAUCUUUCUUGUGGAUAAGUACCGUUUUAUUCACACUCGGCGCUCAACUGUAGAUGUGAUAGAAGCACGUCAUCUGUACCGUGUAUACCACAUUCUUCAUCUGCAAUAAUGCGGGAAAUUUGUUUUAACCACAUUUAUCCAUUGAUCGUUUCACCAUUGCCGCAUAUUCCACGUCUACAUACAUACAUACAUACAUACAUACAUGUAUACGUGCAUGCGUACAUAAUCCCAUGCAUACGUAUACCGAUUCUCUAUUCUGUGAUCUAACUAUGCUGUACCACUGUUGAAAUUACUCUACUAGACAUACAUUUCAUCUGACAAUGAGUUUAUCAUCGUUAUCGUUAUGGUGAUAAUAUUAAUAUGUACAUAAAUCAAUAGAACCUCUAUUAGACUGAUCAAAUCGGUAAUAACGUCGUAUCCAACACUAAUAAUCAUACAUACCAAUCGUUAUACAAUAUACGAAUAGGUAUGCUGUCAAGUAGCGAAGAAGUUAUCAAUGGGCAAAAAUCAUACGUGUAUCGCACCCGUGUAUAGUUAUACGCACGUUAACAAUAUAUGAACACAUUUUCAGUGCCUCGGUUUGCGGACAAUUCCGACGGCAUGGGAAGUUUGCACGUUUCAACAACUUUCAGUAUUUACCCAAGGUGCAUAGUUUUACUUUCUUUGCACGGCAAUACUAUAUCGAUUGAAGGGGAAAAACGUACUAUUUGACUGAUUUUGUUAUCUCUUUUUUAAACAACGUAUAUGUAAUGUAUAAGGUGAUUAAAAAUGUUCACCUUUCAAUUUAGCGGUUCAAACUCCAAGUACGAAUUUUGCUUAAAUCAUUCUGCAAUCUGAAUUAUAUACGUGUCGUAAUAUACAGCAUAUGUAUAUGGGCCGGUUACUUUUUCCCCCAUCAUACGGGACGUUCUGUUUCAUAAUAACCGUUUACUUCCCUAACAGCACGAACGAUACGGCGAAAUUUCAGGAAUUUACCUAAAAUCUUAUAGCGCUCUAUCCACGUUACCGAAAAGUUUCUACAAGUUCGUGCGCUGUUAGAGAAUUGUUCCCACAUCUAUACCUAAAUAAUACAUAUAAUACACAACGACAAACGGACUUGAGAUUUAGAAUCUGAUUGAAAGUAGAUUGUUGUAUGAUUUCGGAACUGAUCAGUGUGUUAAUAAUGCACACUAUAUGAUCCAGCACAAUGCCGAAGCAUUUUUAAAGAUAAAAGUAUAUUAUCAGAUAUGGUACGGAUGUACUUUUCCGUUCCAUUCUUACAAUUAGUCAGAUUCCUCGCGUUUGUACCUUGUACCCUUAUUUUGUCAGAAAAUUUUGAAAAUUGCAAAAAGACUAUCCAUUAUGCUUCGUUUAUUAUCAGAUUAUUAUGUACGAAAACUACGCAACCUUUUUUUUCAAUAAAUAUAUAUAUGUAUACAUGUAUACACAGAUACAAAUACAUAUUACACGUAAUCGGCAAAUUCAAUGAACUUUUGCUGCGUCUUAUAAAUAUUAGAAAAAAAUGGAAUACCACUAUUUAUGUUUGAGUUUGUUUCAGAACGUACAGUGGCAGUUUAGAAAAAAUUAUACAAUGAAACUAGAAAAAUACAUUACGAUAUACAUAUAUCUAUAUACAUGCUAUAAAUUCACAAAGUACUUGGUGCCAAUUAUAAAACUAAUCCUUAAAAGAAACCUAAAGUUUAAACGAAUACACUUAAUUGUAAUUAAAUAAAAUUAAGCAAAUCGAUCUAAUGCGUGAUCUAAAAAUUAAAUGACAAAUAAGAAGUGUUGCCUCUGAGAGGAUUGUGUAGCAUGGCAAUAAUAAAAUCAAUUUCAAAAUAUACAUUUGUAUGUUUUCUAUUUUGCACGUUGCACUGAAUAAGAUGGAAAAAUCUCAUGCGGAUUAGUGCGAAAUAUAACUACUUUGGAAUAGUAAUUAAAAGAAAAAUUCUAAAAGCAAUGCAAUGGCCAACCUGAUAUUGUAUAAAAAUUUUUAUAACAUUUACUGAAUAAUUGGCAAUUUCUCACCUUUAUCUUUUCAAACUGCCCUCAAAGUAGGCAUUUUAUCGUAAAUUGAUGUUGAUUAUCUUGUUGCUGAGGAUGCAGAUAAUUGGUUAUAGUAUAGCAGCUGAUCUACUUCGCUAAGAUGGUUGAAAAGAAAUAUAAGUAGCGCCCAGUCAUGUCUCAGCUUUGAAAUGUUUGAAAUCAGAACCUGAACGCAGUAUCUUCUCUAAUCCCGUUCACUAAUAUUGUAUAACAUAUACUUACGGACCCCAAUCGUCGGGGUAUACGUUAUUUACUUGUAGCGGUUGGAGAUGAAUUAAAACACCAUUAAAAGUACCUAUACCUCCACGGUAGCAAUAAUUUUUACCCUACGUCUUUGAGAAUCAAUUGAUUUCGCAAUACGACAAAUGGAUUUGGCUAUGAGUUCAUUUAACUGGUUUCAACGUAGAGCUGAAGUAGCGAUAUGUAGUUGAUUAUAGAUAAAAGAAAAUUAUAAGUACGGUUGAGCAUUAUCAAUCGCAUUUGCAUGUUUCUACAUACAUAUAUAUAUUAUACAUAUUAUAUAAUAGGAAAUCCGAAAUACAUGAUAAUUUAAAAUUCAUAUAAAAUAAUAUAUACACUUUUUUAUUCAUCGUUAAUUAUUGUAUUUUAUUGUUUGUGAGUUCGUUUUUUUAUUUUUUUUUAUUUUUUUUUUUCUAUUUUACUAAGGUUCGAUCAUAUUACCAUUAAUAUUUCUACCUUUAAGUUUAUUAUAUUUAAGUGAUUAUUAUAUACUUUCUGCGGUCUGUUUGCACUGCCCCGUAAUAAUGUAUUGUUCCUCUCGAGAAAUGGUGUUGUACUUUUUCAUCUAAAAGGCAUUGCCGAAAUAAACAUGGGGUAUGGAAGGAUUAUAUUCAAA